AUGGAGGUCGAGACCGGGUUUGCAGUAGGCGUAGAUGAGGACGCGGACGGACAUUUUGGGUGGGGAGGAUUUAUCCACCUUGGUGGGCUAGCCACAGACUACUGCAUGCACUGCCUCGGAUCAACACGUCAAGAUAUAUCAGUCGGCAAAGCUUUCUAUAUAAUUGGAGCAGAUGAUGUCGGCCGACGACGGGUCGCUCACCGGAGCGGCCCAAGCCCCCCUCCUGACAACGGCGCGCACGGUGGCCACCCUCCGUCAAGCGUCUAUUCUUGGUGGGGUCCAGAUGAGUCCAGUUGGCUCCUUCUCGCGGAUCCCAACGAUAUCUCUCUGGACCCCACCGAGCAAUUGAAGCGGCAAGACUUCCUCCUGGAAUAUGGGCACUACGCGGGCCGGGUUUGGGACUGCCUGGUGAAGGCGUCCGUUGCGCUACGGCUUCAGAUCACGUUGAGCGUCGUCCAGUUCCGUGACAAGCUUACCCAAGGAGAAUCCAAUGAUUCUUCCAGCGGACGGCAAUAUUGGAUCCGCCUUCUCGAAAGAUGCGUCGAGUAUCUCAGAGAGCAGGGCCUGGAUAUCGACCUUGACAUGGCGAAGCUGGCAAUUCUGGUCUAUAGCAAGCGGGACCUCCUUUGUCGCGCUAGGAUAGGGGAUGUACCUGCCUCGACCUCUGCCGCGCUGAGGAGAGAAAUCGAGCAGGCCAACAACCACCUCCCCGAGGUCCUGUCAAGGGAUCAGUCCCGCAGCUAUAGUACCCGGCAACGGAUUCGGGCCUUCUACGGCAGUCCCCAAGACAUGAAAUACUCCAGACUUGGCGCUGAGUCUGCCCCUGUCUUGCCGGAGCCCGACUGCAGACACCUGCCCCGAGACGCACAGCGCCGUGCGUUCCAGAACCGUGUUUUCGCCGAUCGCGUUGACGCGACUUUCCAGACAAUCAACGAGCGGAUCCCGGAACGUAUCGAUGGAAAGCCUGCCGACGCGCCAUCCUCCACCGUGGCCUUUGGAAACGUGGAGGAUGCCUGCAUAUAUCAAGAUAUGUGCAGGGAUCUCGAUCACACGCUCGGCAAAAACCGGGGAAUGGGCCGCAAGGCUCUCCAGGAGGCACGGAAGGGAGGGGGAGUGAUAAAGGGCCCCGUCAUCGGCGGUAACGAUGAGCUUGCACCUUACCGUGGUGCUGGGGUUCAGUAUUCCUCUGAAAGGAGGAAGAAGCCAAGACAAGCUCUUUCGUAG